AUGACAAUAGAUAAAAUUUUUGACGUUGUUGAUAAAAGGAACAAUGUUGGGGCUGUAAAAGUUGCCUACGUUCAAGAGCUAUAUCAAAAUUUAUCGAUUUUCAUUGAAUUUUCUUCUAACAAGAUCAAACUUCUUUUUAAUGGCGUCUUAUGGCUAAAAUCCCUACAUGAAAGUAAAAUUUGUAGCAGAUUUAAAUAUAAAAGGAAAAGGCACAUCUCCUUUCAGUGGAAAAGAAUUUCAGAAAUAUCUUGGAUACUGAAUGAAAACAGACUGGAUUAUCGCAGGAAAGUCAUUACCAACAUGAAAUUUGUGCCUAAUCAAAAAGUUUCCAACACUUCAGAAAAAGGAUUGAAAAUUUCUUCACUUAGUCAGUGA